AUGCAUAACGUUAAGGCGCACCCCUACAACAAUCCAAGUUAUCCAUAUGAUACAUACUUUCCCAACAUCCCUAAUGCACAACAUCAACGUAUUCCCAACUCUUACCAGGAAAUUGAUUUAAUGGUUGAGAGUUUUGUAAGGAACAAUUACGCACCUACGAUUUUACCCAUCAAAACUCUAAUAAGCCCCAAAGCAAAGCCAAGAAGGAGCAAUAUUCCAAGGCCGCUAAACUCUUUUUUAAUUUACCGUCGCGAUUACCAGGCAAGACUGUCUAAAGAAGCUGGACGUAUAUUACCGAAAGUUUCUCAAGAAGCGGGCGCUCUUUGGAAAAGUGAAAAGGAUGAAGUUAGAAACUUAUAUGAAAAAAUCGCGGACCUGGCUGGUGAAGUCCAUAAAUUGCUUUUUCCUAAUUACGAAUACAGGCCUAACAAAAGCAAAAGAAAGAGGUCUGCAAAACCAGAAAUGACAGACAAAGAUAUAGGUGCGACCCCUAUAAAUUUACCCCUUCCGAACCUACAAGUCUCACAAGUCCCUUUGGUGAUUUCAUCAUUUGACGAAAUCGACAGAAAUAUGUGUCGAGUUUUUAAAGGACCAAGUUGA